UGUGAGCGGAGCAGCGACUCUCUGCUGGAUGCAGUCGGUCAGAGCUGACUCUCACGCGUUACAACAGCAGAUCGCCUGACUGUGUUUCACUUGUUGGAAAACGAGCAGAUCAGUGAGACCGAAGUUUUUCCUUUUUUUUCUUUUCAUUUUUAUACAGAAACAUAUGUAUAAAACUCCGCUUUAGCCAAGUAGAAUUACAUCUUGCGAUCUCUGCGGAGUGAAGAAACAAGUCGCGGAAUUUCAUUUUUCAAGAGGGACCAGCGGGACUAUGAUUUGAAUCAAAGGGACGGACGGAAUUGUUGUCUCCUAACAGGAUGAAUCUUCUGUUGCUCCAUGCCACUAUGUUGCUGUGGGCUUUGAGCCCCAGCAUGCAGAACUACUGUGAUAAAUCAUCUGAGACAAGCAAACUAAAUCUCUCUGUGACCUAUGAGCUCCCAACCUUCACCGCAGACUUCCCCAUUCAAAACAUGGUCACCCUGGACGGCAUCAUCUACGUUGGAGCUGUGAACAGAAUCUACGCCUUGGCCCCGAACCUCACAAAGCUGUCGGAGUACCACACAGGGCCACUGCUUGCCCACCAGGCUUGCGGCCUGACGCAGACAACAACGGGCGGCGCCAGUGGGGUUGACAACCACAAUAUCGCUCUGGUGGUGGAAAACAUUUACGACAAGGGAUUGUACAGCUGUGGUUCGGCAGAUAACGGCGUGUGCCGCCGUCAUGUCCUGGAUGAUGGCAAUAGCCUAAAAGCUAUUGACGAGGACGUCUACUGCUUUGCAGACAAAGUGCAGCCAGGCCAGGGCCACCCCAUCGAUGCAGAUGUUGUUGUCAGCCCAUCAGGUUCUCAAGUGCUCAAUGUGGAGAGCAAUGUCAUCACUUUUUUUGUUGGGAACUCUGAGAUCCCUAAGGCAGGAAACAUUUCAGGCAGUAUCAUGCGUCUGCACACCAUCUCACAGCGGAAGAUGAAGACGAGCCAAAACGGCUUCACUUUUUUCUCCAGCCUGUCACACAUGGAUUUGAUCCCCUCUCUCCAGGGAAACUACUACCUGCGAUACGUUUACUCCUUCCACAGCGGACCUUUCACCUACUUCCUUACGGUGCAGCAAGUGAACAAGGACACUCAGGCCUACCACACCCGCAUAGUACGCAUGUGUUCCUCAGACCUCGUAAUUCGGCGCUAUGUGGAAAUGCCCCUGGAGUGCAUCAGCACGAACAAAAGACGCAGACGCGCCACCGAAGAAGUGAAGGUGUUCAACAUCCUUCAGGCCGCCCACGUCACCAAGGUGGGCGACGACGCAGAACUGCAGAGGCAGCUGAAAGCGGAAGAGGACGAAGAUGUGCUGUUUGCCGCCUUCGCUCAGGGCCAGCCGGGCUCUCCGGAGCCGACCCCCAACUCGGCUGUCUGCGUCAUGUCUCUGAAGCACAUCAACAACAUGUUCAAGAUGUACAUGCAGAGGUGCAACACCAUUGACCCGUACCACUUCACUGGCUCAGAGAGGAAGUCCUGCUAUAAUAUGACUUCCUCAGACGACUGCGACCCCCACGAAGGAAUCCACGAGGGGAAGGAGGGCAUGUACCGCCUGCAGGUGACCCAGUUUGUCCAGAGGCUGGAGUUCUGGCACAAAGACUUGAAGAACACCUUGGUCACAUCGAUUACAGUGGUUCCAGUCAAUGGUCGCACUGUGGCGUACCUCGGCACGGCAGAUGGACGACAUAUACAGGUGCUCUUCUCCAGGUUUACGUCGCCCCAUGUGAACAUCGGCCUGGACUCCAGUCCUGUCUCUGCCAGCGUAGUUCUGCCAGACACGCCGCACUCUGAGGGAGCCGUGCUGAUGGCCACAGGCAGCAAGAUCACCAAGAUCCCUCUGAUUGGCCCAGGCUGUGGUCAGCUGACCACGUGUACAUCUUGUUUGCUGUCAUCCAAAGUGACGCAGUGUGGCUGGUGUGAUGGCCGCUGCACCAGAAGACCUCAGUGUCCCUCCACCUCCUCCUGGAGUCAGGACAACUGCACACCGGUCAUCACCAAGGUGUUCCCGUCCUCUGGACCAAUCAGGGGUUCUACAGCCGUAACUAUUUGCGGACGCAACUUCGGCUUCGACAAGACAGAGAACUUCAAAACUUCGAUGGUGAACGUGGAAGUGGCAGGAGCUCAGUGCAAGCUGGCUAGACAGGACAAUGUCAACAGAUGGACUGAGAUGCAGUGUUCCCCGUCGUUCAGUGGGAACUUCACUCCGUCCGGACACUUGGUGAAGGUCACCAGUGGCCACGCGGUAGCCAAACUGGAAGGCUUCAAAUUUGUGGACCCUGUGAUCAACAACAUCUUUCCCACAUUUGGUCCAAAGUCUGGUAACACCAUGUUGACUAUCAGAGGAGCCUUUCUGGACACUGGAAACAAACAAGUGGUGACUGUAGGGAAGGCAAGCUGCAAGAUCCAAAGCCUGUCGUUCUCCAUGCUGAUCUGUAAGACGCCACCGCACACACACGCCGUCCCGUCUGAGCAGCCGGUGAAGCUGACGGUGGAUUCGGUGGAGCGCCAGGCGCCCGUGCCGUUCACCUACAAUGAGGACCCGGUCAUAAGCAGCAUCCAGCCACUGCGCUCCUUCGUGAGCGGAGGCUGCACCGUCUCGGCUCAGGGCUCCUACCUCCAGUCCGGCCUCCAGCCCCAGAUGGUUCUCAGGACGGCUCAGGACACCGCCGUCUUCCACGUGAGCUGUGUGUAUGGUGAAAACCGGACCUCCAUCCAGUGCACCACGCCUUCCCUGGCUAAGCUACCCCUGCAGCCGCCGGUGGUCACCAAGGUGGCAUUUGUCUUGGAUGGCUACUUGACAGACCAGAAGGAUCUAAUCUAUGUGGAGGACCCCCUGUUCCAGGACCCCAAACUGACAUCCAAGGACAACAAGAGUAUCGUGGAGCUCAAAGUGAGGGGCGACCGCAUGGACAGGGAGGCAAUGAAGUGCCAGGUCCUGACCGUUUCUAACCACAGCUGCGAGAGUCUGACGGUGGUCGGAAACACCCUGGAGUGCACCGUUCCCACCCAGCUGCAGGCCGCCACUGCCAAGGAGCUGCAGGUGGAGUGGCGCCAAGCGGACUCCAUCAGGCAUCUGGGCAAGGUGACGCUGGCGCAGGAGCAGGACUACACAGGCCUCAUCGUGGGCUGUAUGUGUGUCAGCCUGCUGCUGCUCUUUCUGGGAUCGCUGCUGAUGUGGAGGAGGAACAAGCACAUCGAUGAUCUGUCUGAGGUGUGGUAUGAUGGCCGGGGUCACAUCCAGCAUCUGGACAGGCUGGCUAACGCGAGGAGCGUCAGCCCCACUAACGAAAUGGUCUCCCAUGAAUCAGUCGACUAUAGAACAACCCUGCUGGAGGAUCAGGGUGUCGACAGGCCUGAGACAUGUCGGGCAGCUCCUCCUAUGUACAGAGCCAAUGGGGAGCUGCUGUCUCCCAGACUGGGAACCCUUGGAGGGGGGCUGGGGCUGGGCAUGGAAGGUGACCUGGUGUCCCCCCUGUUGAUGGCUCCAGUCCACAUCGACCCGUCCUGUCUCCACCCGGACCUGCUGACUGAGGUGCAGCAUGUGGUGAUCGCAAGGGAGCAACUGCUGCUUCAUGUCAACCAGAUCAUCGGCAGAGGACACUUUGGCUGUGUUUUCCAUGGAACGCUGCUGGAACAAGAUGGGCAGAAACAGCAUUGUGCUAUCAAGUCGCUAAAUCGAAUUACAGACUUGGAAGAGGUUUCCCAGUUUCUGAAGGAGGGUAUCAUUAUGAAGGACUUCAGCCACACCAAUGUUCUCUCUCUGCUGGGCAUCUGCCUUCCGCCUGAGGGUUCACCGCUGGUGGUCCUGCCAUACAUGAAGCAUGGUGACCUGCGCAACUUCAUCCGUGACGAAGUGCAUAAUCCCACAGUGAAGGACCUGAUGGGCUUCGGACUGCAGGUUGCCAGGGGGAUGGAGUACCUCGCCAGCAAGAAGUUUGUCCACCGUGACCUGGCUGCCAGAAACUGCAUGUUGGAUGAGAGCUACACGGUAAAGGUGGCAGACUUCGGCCUCGCUAGAGACGUUUACGACAAAGAAUACUACAGCGUCCACAAUAAGAGCGGCGUCAAGCUGCCCGUCAAAUGGAUGGCCCUGGAGAGUCUCCAGACACACAAGUUCACUACCAAGUCAGACGUGUGGUCGUUUGGAGUUCUGCUGUGGGAGCUGAUGACCCGUGGGGCCCCGCCGUACUCCGACGUGAACUCCUUCGAUAUCACCGUGUUCCUCCUGCAGGGCAGGCGGCUGCUGCAGCCCGAGUUCUGCCCCGAUGCUCUCUACACGGUGAUGAUCGAGUGCUGGCAUCCCAAGCCUGAGCGUCGACCUUCCUUCUCCGAGCUGGUGUCCCGCAUCGCCGCCAUCUUCUCCAGCUUCAGCGGGGAGCACUACGUCCUCCUCAACACGACAUACGUCAACAUCGAGAAGAUGAGCCCGUACCCCUCCCUCCUCACCUCCACGUCAUCUUCCUUGGACUCCUCCUCCGAGCCCUGCACCUCCUCGUCCCUGCCCUCCCAUUCCCCGCUCCUCUGCCGCAUGGAGCGUGAAUGUUGCACCUGAAACAGGAAGGGAGGAAGUGGGGCCUAUCAACAACUGAGAGACAGACUCAGAGAGCAGGGAGCUACUGUGUAUAACUUGCCAAACACUGGAUGCUGCAUGCCAAGGACACCAGGGACUUCUUCAGAGCUCAGACUGAUCGGAAUCCUUUCGGAAACCUCAACGUGACGCAGUGCGAACCUGCUGGGCUCCUACCACAAACUCUCAACGAGCACAGUCCCAGACUUUUACAGGACAGAGGAACCCUGUCUCAAGGAGUUCCAGCUGACUAAAGCUGUCCUGGCGAAGAAGCACAUCUCAGUGUCCACUACACAAACGUCUCCUCUCCUCCAUUGCUUUGCUUCAGCAAAACAAUCUUCUUCUUUUUUGCCGCCGCACUCUGUAAUGUGAAUAUGCAGGAAAUGGACAUGUAUUUGUGUUGUUUAAGCCUCUCUUUCCUCCAUGAACACAAUGCGAGACACUGCAUCCUGCUGGGAUGAACCAUGGAGGAGGAACAAGCAGGCUGUGUAAAGACCCUGCUGUGUGCAUUUCACUGGAUGCUUUAUUUGUAUACUUACCCUUGGUCAAAGAGCUUUCACAUGCCUGGAAGUUAGGGGGGCGCAAAAAACCAAAAGGUUGCCUGUGUGAAACACCCAGAUGGUUCCUGGGUUAGUUAAUCAUAUAUCAGAGAAACAACUACAGUUGUCACACUUGAACGAACGUGGAUGCCCUCUAAGAAAGAAGGAAGACAAAGACAUAAGUUACCAUUUAAAACACUAGAUGGUGUAUUUGAAUGAGCUCUUGACAGUCUGCAGGUGGUUAAUAAUUCAAACUUGUGUUCUUCAAAACAUUCUUGAUUGUUUUCUUCAAGGAAGGAAUGACUGUCCUCAGGAUGUAUUGUUUUUAAUUAGGUGAGCCUUGCAAAAGUACACAGCCUACUGGAUUCUUUCACCUUUUGUCACAUUACAACUCCACUGGACUGUCCCACUAUGCUCCGCCUAUAUGUUCAGUCGCUGUUGGAAGGUGAACCUUGACCUGAAUCACCUGAUUGUACUGUAUUUAGAUCCACUGAUUGAUUCCCAUCAAAUAUGACCAGUUACCCUCUUUUUCCUGAAGGAAAAACAUCCCUAUAGCAUGACACUGCCAUGACCAUGUUUCACCAGAGGGUGGUGUGUUCAGGGUGACAAGUAGUGUUAGUGUCCCGUGUCAUCUAGAAAACUCAAUUUUGGUCUCAUCUGACCAUAUGUUUGCUACCUUCCCUUCAAGAGGGAAACAAUCAUUUUGUUUGUGCUACUUUAAAGACACAUCUAAUUUACAAAGUCACAAAAUUGACUUUCAAAUGCAACAAGUGGGCUGAAUAGAAAUAUAUGUCAGAUUUUAUUUGGGCAACAUUUGAGGUAACUUUUUUUAGGUAGAUUUUUUUUUAAACGUUAUAACUGUCACUAUGUUCUGACAGUAGAAUAUGAGAUGGGUAAUCUGUGAAAAAAAUCAAGCUCCUCCAUUUCCUCCUUGUGGUCCAACCGCCAUUUGCAGAAAUACAGCACUCCCAGUCAGAAACAACCAAUCAGAACCAGGAGGAGGGUCUUUAGCAGUAUCAGUCACACUAAACAUUGUUCAAGCUCACGAUUGCCGGUGUGCUGCUGCGGCAGUGCUAAUGGUGGAGAAAGAAUAUAACUCAAGGAAUUUACUCCUAAUUCCUCGAGUUCUCAGCUGGCUCCACUGUGGGGGAGGAGCUUUGGAGGCAGGGGGAGGAGCCAGCAAGGUGUGCUUGUUCAAAUUUUCCCCGGUUUUCUCAGAACUCCCUUCUGUAGCUUUAAAAAGCAUGUAUUACUUUCAUUCAGCUUCAUGAACGUAUACUACCUUGUGCUGGUCUUCAACAUAAAAUUCCUGUUAACUACACCAAUCUUUCCAAUUGUAAUGAGACAAAAUGUAGGAAAAGUCCAGAGGGUGUGAAUACUUUUCAGAGGGGAUUGCUGUAGUUUCACUAAACUGAUCACAAAUGGGCAUAAGCUUGUAAACCACUCUAAUGAUCAAUGUUAUGUUAACGAUUGCUUCAUGUAGCAGUUUCUUGGGUCUGGCUGCCAGUGUGUUCUGACAUGAACAUGGACAGGUAUGAAUGUUUGCUCUGAUGAGAAAAAAAUUGCUGUACUAUAUUUUUGUAUAUGACUGAUGAGCCUCUUUAAUGAAACACGUUCCAAUGGAAAGACCAUUAUAAACCAGUUGAACAACCUUUUUUUUUUUCAAUUUUGACAAAUCACUGCCAUUUUGUAGAUAAAGACAAUAAAGCAAUACGGAGCGUGGAUGGUUGUUUGGCCUCUGGCUGUUCUCAAAAGAUCACGGUAAAAGAACAGAACGAUGGAGGAGAAAAAGGACAAGACCUUCUCCCCGUUACAGAAGGACUGCUGUCUCCUCCAUCACGGUCUCUACCGUGUUUAACACUGAUUGUUGUACAGUAUGUGUGCAUAUCAUUUUGUUCUGUCUCUAAGAAGUAUUGAAGGUACAUGUUCCUACAUGAUGUAUAAUAAACCUUGUAAGGGUAAUAAAGCUAUGAUUUAAAUG